AUGGACACGGGCCGGCACCGGUCCGCUGCGCCGUGCCGUUGGCCCAUGCUGCUCUUUGGUCAACGGAGGUAUAUCCAAACUUUACAUCCGUCAUUUUGCAUGGGCCAACGGUCGAGUGGCGGUGGCUGGGGUGCAAGGGUGGCAGCGCCGGGUGGAGCGGCGCCACCCCGCGGCGCCCCGUCUCCUCGCGGGAUCGAUACGUCAUUUGAGCUGGUCGCCAUGGAGACCGCGAACGGAGCGGGGCGGCGCCGCGGCUUCGAUGGCGGGUGCACGGGCCUCCGCGAAACCCGCGAGCCCGCCGAGUGA